UGGGUCCGGGCAGAGUCAGGGGUGUCAGGAUGGUGGAGAACGAUACUGUGGAGCUGCUCGCCCAUGUCACCAGAUCAGUCUAUCCUCUCUGGUUCACUGCAGGUCUUCACGUAACCACUGCUCCCAACAUCUCCUGACAGCGAGGUCAGAACUAGGUGAAAUGUCUUCUAGUCAGCCAUCUCUCAUCAAGAGGAGAUCCGCACCAUUAUCUCCUCCGACCUGUGGAUUCAGAGCUGGAAAUUUCCUGGACCCUUAUGAAAGGAUGACGUCUUGCAUCGUGAAGGGCUGCAUGGUGAACUGGAGGAGCGACGUCCCCGGCCUCAUCCUCCACCCCUUCCCCGAUGACAUUGACCUGGUCAAGUCUUGGCUGCUCCGGACCGGACUGAACUUUAGGGACCUCGAUGAAACCUGUCAGAAAAUAAUCCGCGACAAAUCAGAAUCCGACUUCCGCAUCUGUUCUUGCCACUUUACCGCAGAAUGCUACACGACAGCCGGCGGCUCGCGGAGGACGCUGAAGAAGGACGCGCUCCCCACGUUGUUUCUUCAGCCGUCAUCCUGUCCGCCAUUACACUCCGGGAUGGUCCAGAUUAAAACUGAAGAGUGUGACUCUGAUUCAUCGUCCUCUCCGGAGGCCAGCAGGACCAACACCUCCACUAUGACCCCACCCCUGAAGAUGGAGGAGCAGUAUUCCCAGGGUUCUUCCACAAGUCCACUCCGCCCAGAACAGGAACAAUCGGGGGAGGUGACCUCUAGAUGCAUUGUUACAGACUGUCCAAACUUUAUGGAGAUCCAGCAUCCUGAUGUCACUGUACAUAUGUUUCCCAAUAACUUUCCUAUGGUGAAGGUGUGGCUUCAGCAGACGGGGCAGAACUUUGGUGACCUUGAUCUGGCUGCCCGGCAGGUCCUGGACAUGAGCCCCUCGGAGAGGUUUGGCAUGUGCUCCGAUCACUUUUCUCCCAGUAGUUACAUGAUCCAUGGAGCAGAGAUAAAGCUGAAACGAGAUGCUCUACCAACUAUAUUCCCAGGUCUUCAAAGAAACAUCAUAAAGGAAGAGGAGGUCGAGUUACCGUUUCAGCCGCCUGUUUCUAGCUUCGAUGGACCUUUCCCUUCCAACGUGCAUGCCGAUUAUAACCACAAUCUUAGACAUGUCGCCACCAGCACGGACCCUUACUGGGGAGUCCAGAGCAUAGGAGUUCUCACCAGACCUAUACUUGUCCGAGAAGCCUCCACAUCCACGCGAGUGGGAAAAUUUUAUAAUGGUAUGAAGACCGUACGGUGUACGGCAGACAAGGCCAUUCAAUGCUCGGAGUUUGAACUCAAUCGUAGAGGGGAUUCUUGGAACGUUAGACCAGAUUACCUCUAUCGGUUCGGUCCUGCUGUCCCUCCAAGAGAUAUGACUGCGGGAGAGCCUGAAACCAUGGGACCUAACCAGGAGACAGAAGACCAGGGUCUGCAGAACUGGACGGCAUUACUGCAGGGACUGACCCCAGACAAUUCUCGAUUACCAAGAAAUGUCCCAGUGAAGGACAGCAGGUUGUUCUUUGCAAUGGAGGAAGUGAUGGUCUCACUCAUGCAGCAUUUGCUCAACACGCCUUUUAUUGAGGAGGCGUCGAAGCUGGUGACCCAGAAGUUCUUGAAUCAGGUCCUGGAGAUCGUUGCUCUUCUGACUGGAGAUAAAUGGGUGCUUUCUGAGAGAGAUGACCUCCCCGACAGCCAAGAGGAGGUGCCCGUGAAGUGUGAUGACGUCGCGAUGUACUUCUCCAUGGAUGAGUGGGACUACAUUAAAUCGCACAAGGAGCUUUACAGUGACCUGGUCAUAGAGGAGCCUCAGGAGCUCACAGAAUUGGCAGAGGACACAGACUCUGACGAAUCUGUCAGUGAAGAAGAGGCCAAAGAGAAGGCAGAACGGUCAAACUCUCCAGAAUGGCUGCCGGAAGGCGUCGUCAGCGAGUACAGCGAGUCUGAGCUACUGUCGGAUGACGAGGAUGGAGAAGACUUGAUGCCAGGAGACGAGGACUUCUCUUCUAGUCUUCCAGGCUCUUCCAGUUUUCUGAAGGAAGAUGGCACAUCCAACGGAAGCUCUCGAAUGAAGAGACACAGUUUAUUACGCAAGAAGGGCGGCGUCUACCACUGUAAGAAGUGCGACAUGACUUUCCCCAAAAGACUGGCUUUUAAAAGACACCUCAAAUCCCAGAAGCACAUGAAGAGCUUUGUUGAAGAGGUGGAGGUCACCUGCGAGGACUGCGAUGAAGUGUUCGUCACCAAAUCCUUGCUGAUCAAGCACAGGGCAGAGAAUCACGCGGUUAAACGCUACGCCUGCACCAUCUGCGGUAUCCAGUACGACUACAAGUCUCAGUUCGUCAUACACCAGAGGGCGCACACCGGGGAAAAGCCCUUCGAGUGUGAACAGUGUGGAAGGAAAUUCGGCCAUAAGUGCAGCCUGCUCGUUCACCAGAGGAGGCACGUCAAAGGGAAGACUGUGUCCUGCAGCAAGUGCGACCACCGCUUUGACACCAAGUCCCAGUUGGCCAAACAUGAGAAGAUUCACGACCAUGAGAAGCCCAUCAUGUGCCGCCUGUGCGGGAAACGCUUCGCACAUAAAUCACAUUUCAUGAAACACAAAUGGGCGUUUCACCAUGAAGAUAUAUAGCGGCAAGAGAACUUACGGAGAUGUUUUAUACGUGUAGAAGUUCACCACAAGUGCCGCUGCGCCGGGUACCGUCUGAUGAUAGGCUUGUUCGAGGUUUUGAAUGUUCACCCUUCCAUAUGGAGCAGGCGCACACUGCAGAUUAUAGGCUGAAACAGAAAAGGACUCCCUUUUGUUUCCCUUUUGCCCCGCGGGGAUGCUAGAGUAAGAGCUUAGAUAUGUAGUUUGAGUGAUUUAUAUGUAGAACAUGCAGGAUCCAUAGGGACUGCAGAGGGUUUUCUGUUGUCUGACGUCGACCCCUUUUCCUUAAGGUGGCCAUACACAUACCAUGCUUCAUCUGACUACCCAGACCUAUUCUUUUUCUCUGUUGAGAGGUCAGGAAAGUUGUCGGACCUUCCUUGUAGAUUGAUUGUGGGUCCCCUAACAAAGCUGUCAUGUCUGUGCUUACGUUAAAGGAUCACUACACUUUCAGAAAACUUUUGGUGUUUUAGGGAGACAUCAGUAAUUUGAAUAGACGGGGGUCUGAACGCUGAGCCUCCCACCGAUCUUCAGUCCAAGGGGAGGGAAGCGCGUUCUCUCUCCUCGAUGCCUGACAUGAACUGAGACAGACUCAAUAGAAACACUUUGGACCCGUGUUGUGCAGCGAGGAAAAAGAGAGCGAAGCGAGCGCCCCUCGUUCUAGACAUCGGUGAGCGUCUCAGCGCUUAGACCCCCACUGCUUAAAACUAUUGAUCUGUUCCUAUUAUAACAUGUCAAAAGUUUUCUGAAAGCACCGCGUCCCUUUAAAGCCUCAUGCACAUGUCCGUGGAACACCGGCCUGGUUUCCUGCUGAGAGCAGGAGCGCACGGCGUCAUUGG